UUAAAAAAAAAGGAAGAAAAAAAGGAAAUAAAUCCUGCAUAAAUCCAGCAUAAACUUGGAAUUGGUCCGGAACCCGGUCGGGGAGAGAAGUGGGUCGGAGGGGCACGGGAGCAGAUAUUGAUGCCAAAUCAAGUGUGUAAAGAAAGGCACAAUCCUUAAGAGUAUCUGGCAGAAUUUUUAUACUGAGUUAAAUCUCUGCAAAGAUGGCCAAAUAUGGAGAGCAAGAGAACAGACCAAAUGAGGGACAGAGUGAAUUUACUGACAUCAUUAAGUCCAGAUCAGAUGAGCACAAUGAUGUUCAGAAGAAAACCUUUACCAAAUGGAUAAAUUCUCGAUUUUCAAAGAGUGGAAAACCACCAAUCAAGGAAAUGUUUACAGAUCUCAAAGAUGGAAGGAAGCUUUUGGAUCUUCUAGAGGGACUCACAGGAACUUCACUGCCUAAGGAACGUGGUUCCACAAGGGUACAUGCUUUAAAUAAUGUCAACAGAGUUCUACAGGUUUUACAUCAGAACAAUGUAGAACUAGUAAACAUAGGAGGAACUGAUAUUGUGGAUGGAAAUCACAAAUUGACACUGGGCUUACUGUGGAGUAUCAUCUUGCACUGGCAGGUAAAAGAUGUCAUGAAAGAUAUCAUGUCAGACCUACAGCAGACAAACAGUGAGAAGAUUCUUCUGAGCUGGGUUCGGCAGUCAACCAGGCCUUACAGUCAGGUCAACGUUCUCAAUUUCACCACAAGUUGGGCUGAUGGGUUGGCCUUUAAUGCCGUUCUCCAUCGACACAAACCUGAUCUCUUUAACUGGGAUAGAGUUACUAAAAUGUCCCCAGUUGAGCGACUGGAACAUGCUUUUAGCAAGGCUCAAAAACAUCUGGGUAUUGAAAAGCUGUUAGAUCCUGAAGAUGUUGCUGUUCAGCUUCCUGACAAGAAAUCCAUAAUUAUGUAUUUAACAUCUUUGUUUGAGGUGCUUCCUCAGCAAGUCACCAUGGAAGACAUUCGGGAAGUCGAAACUCUUCCGAGGAGAUAUAAAAAAGAAUGUGAAGAAGGAGAAUUUACUGUGCAAGCUGCAGCACCAGAAGAGGAAGAACAUGAAGGUUCUAGAGCUGAGACCCCCAGUACGGUCACGGAAAUGGAUAUGGACCUGGAUAGUUACCAAGUAGCUUUGGAAGAAGUUCUAACAUGGCUACUUUCAGCUGAAGACACAUUUCAAGAGCAAGAUGACAUUUCUGAUGAUGUUGAGGAAGUCAAAGAACAGUUUGCUACUCAUGAAGAAUUUAUGAUGGAGUUGACUGCACAUCAGAGCAGUGUUGGUAGUGUUCUGCAGGCUGGAAACCAGCUGAUAACACAGGGCACUUUAUCGGAUGAAGAAGGAUUCGAGAUUCAGGAACAAAUGACACUAUUGAACUCUCGGUGGGAAGCUCUCCGAGUAGAAAGUAUGGAUAGGCAGUCCCGGCUGCAUGAUGUACUCAUGGAGUUGCAGAAGAAGCAGUUGCAACAACUCUCUGAUUGGCUGACUCUCACAGAAGAGCGCAUUCAGAAGAUGGAAAGCUGCCCCUUGGAUGAUGAUUUACAAUCGUUAAAGAAGCAGCUGGAAGAACAUAAAGAAUUGCAAAAUGAUCUUGAGACAGAGCAGGUGAAAGUAAAUUCAUUAACUCACAUGGUUGUGAUUGUUGAUGAGAACAGUGGAGAAGGUGCUACAGCUGUCUUGGAAGAUCAACUGCAGAAACUUGGUGAACGUUGGACAGCUGUUUGCCGUUGGACUGAGGAACGUUGGAACAGGUUGCAUGAGAUUAAUAUACUAUGGCAGGAACUGUUGGAAGAACAGUGUUUGCUGAAAGCUUGGCUAACUGAGAAAGAAGAGGCUUUAAAUAAAGUGCAAACAAGCAACUUCAAAGACCCAAAGGAGCUGAGUGUCAGUGUUCGGCGACUGGCUAUUUUGAAGGAAGACAUGGAAAUGAAACGUCAGACCCUAGACCAACUAAGUGAGAUUGGCCAAGAUGUGAGUCAACUCCUUGACAAUCCUAGGAUUUCUGAGAAGAUCAAUAGUGAUUCAGAAGAACUGACCCAGAGGUGGGAUAGCUUGGUUCAGAGGUUAGAAGACUACUCUAACCAGGUGACUCAGGCGGUAGCGAAACUAGGAAUGUCCCAGGUUCCUCAGAAGCUUCUUUUGGAAACUGUUGGCAUUAGAGACAAAGUCACUGCUAAGAAAUCCAAACAAGAAUUACCUCCCCCUCCUCCACCAAAGAAGAGACAAGUACAUGUGGACCUUGAAGCUAAGAAAAAGUUUGAUGCUGUAAGUGCUGAGCUAUUGAACUGGAUUUCAAAAUCAAAUAGUACCAUUCACACCAUAGAUAUCAAAGAGUAUAAGAAGAAGAGAGUCACCUUGGACAUGAAGAAGAAACUGGAGGUCCUAGAAAAAGAGCAAACUGAAAGAAGCCCUAAACUAAAUGAAUUAAACCACAGUGGGCAAAAUCUUUUGGAGCAAAUGGGAAAAGAAGGACUUUCUGCAGAUGAUGUAAAAAAAGUCUUGGAGAGGGUCCUAUCAGAAUGGAAAGGUUUGGCAUGGAAUUUGGAAGAUGUUUCAAGAAAAAUUCAGCUUCAGGAUGAUAUAAAUGCAUUCUUUAAAGAUUUGGAUGAGCUUGAAAAGGCUGUCAAGGAAAAGGAAGAAUGGGUGAAAAACUCUCCCUUUUCAGAUACUACUCAGCAGUUUGGUCCAGGUCUGAAGGAUUCGUGCCAGUGGGAACUAACACAUCUGCUUAGUCUUGGCCCUCAAAUUGAAAUGAUGAGUUCCAGCUGUAUGGAUCUUAUGUCUCAGCCCUCUGCUCCAAGUUUCAUUCAGAAGAGUCUGGAGAGCUUUAUAGAUCACUACAGAUCUGUGCAACAGAAUUUGGAGGAAUGUCAGCAGCAGUUGGAGAAAGAUCUGAAGAGUCAACCUGGAGAUGACUACUUACAGACAUUGAAGACAGUGAAGAAUGUGUUAGAUGAAUCAGAAAGUAAGGCUCAGAUUUCUCUGAAUACUCUGAGUGACCUUUCAAAAGUUGAGAAGGCCCUACAGGAGAAAAUGGCUCUUGAAGAAAUACUUGAGGAUCAGAAACCUUCACUGGAUAAACUAGCAGAAGAAACAAAGACUUUGGAGCAGUGUUCACCCCAUGAUAUAAAAAACAAAUACCAGCAAGAGUUCGAGAAUGUUCAAGGAAAGUGGAACAGGCUAAAGGCCAGGAUCUCCAAAGAUAUUCAUCUGCUGGAAGAAAUUAUUCCACAACUGAGAGUGUUUGAGGCUGAUUCUAAAGUCAUUGAGAAGUGGGUGGAUGGCGUGAAAGACUUCUUAGUGACAGAGCAGGCUAUCCAAGGAGAUGCUGAAGGACUUCAAAGGCAGCUUGACCAAUGCAAUGCAUUUGUUAAUGAAAUGGAAACAAUUGAUUCAUCCCUCAAAGAAAUGAGGGAAAUAGAGUCGGCUCUGAGAAGCCAUCCAGUUGCUGGAGUUAAAACCUGGGUGCAGACAUUGCUUGUAGACUAUCAGACACAGUGGGAGAAACUCAGCAAGCAAAUUGCUAUUCAGAAGAACAAGUUAUCUGAAAGUCAGGAAAAAGCUAUGAAUCUGAAGAAGGACUUGGCAGAGAUGCAGGAAUGGAUGACUCAGGCUGAAGAAGAGUAUUUGGAAAAGGAUUUUGAAUAUAAAUCACCAGAAGAACUAGAGAGUGCUGUUGAAGAAAUGAAGAGGGCAAAAGAGGAUGUGUUGCAGAAGGAGGUGCGAGUGAAGAUUUUGAAAGACAGCAUCAAGUUGUUAGCUGCGAAAGUGCCAUCUGGUGGUGAAGAGUUAACAUCUGAGUUGAAUGUGGUAUUGGAAAACUAUCAGCUUCUUUGUAAUCGAAUUAGAGGGAAAUGCCAUACACUAGAGGAGGUAUGGUCUUGCUGGAUUGAACUGCUUCAUUAUUUAGAGCUGGAGACAAUCUGGCUAAACACUUUGGAAGAGAGAGUACAAAGCACUGAAUCCUUGCCUGAGAAAACAGAUGCUCUCAAUGAAGCCCUUGAGUCUUUGGAAUCAGUUUUACGUCACCCAGCAGAUAAUCGCACCCAGAUCCGUGAACUUGGUCAGACUCUAAUUGAUGGUGGGAUUCUUGAUGACAUAAUCAGUGAGAAGUUAGAGAACUUCAAUAGCCGAUAUGAAGAAUUGAGCCACUUGGCAGAGUCCAGACAGAUUUCUUUGGAAAAGCAACUACAGACCAUGAGGGAAACUGAUCACAUGCUGCAAGUUUUGCAGGAAAGCCUAACAGAGCUGGAUAAACAGCUCACCACAUACUUGACAGAUAGAAUAGAUGCCUUCCAGGUUCCACAGGAGGCUCAGAAAAUUCAUGCUGAAAUCUCUGCCCAUGAAUUAACAUUGGAAGAGCUGAGAAGAAAUACACGAUCUCAGCCACCCCCCUCUCCAGAAGGCAGGACCCCUCGAGGAGGAAGUCAGAUAGAUAUGCUGCAGCGGAAAUUUCGUGAAGUAUCCACAAAGUACCAACUCUUCCAGAAGCCUGCUAAUUUUGAGCAGCGUAUGCUUGAUUGCAAGCGGGUUCUAGAUAGUGUAAAGGCUGAUCUUCAUGUUUUGGAUGUGAAAGAUGUAGAUCCAGAUGUAAUUCAGAGUCAUUUGGACAAAUGCAUGAAACUCUAUAAAACUUUGAGUGAAGUAAAACUUGAAGUAGAGACUGUAAUCAAAACUGGAAGGCAGAUUGUACAAAAACAGCAAACAGACAACCCAAAAGGAAUGGAUGAACAACUGACUUCUUUGAAGUUCCUCUAUAAUGACUUGGGUGCACAGGUUACUGAGGGCAAGCAGGAUCUGGAAAGAGCUUCCCAGCUGGCUCGCAAAAUGAGGAAGGAGACAGCUUUGCUUUCGGAAUGGCUUACUGUUACCGAAGCUGAGUUAGUUCAGAAGUCGACUUCGGAAGGUUUGCUUUCCGACCUGGAUCCUGAGAUCGCCUGGGCCAAAAAUGUGCUAAAGCAGUUGGAAAAGAGAAAAUGUGAUUUAAAUAAUAUCACUGACAUCAGAGCAGCGCUCCAGAGUUUGGUAGAGGGUAGUGAGGCAACUUUGGAGGAAAAAGUCUCUGUACUGAAUGCUGGUUGGAGUAGAGUUCGCACAUGGACUGAAGAUUGGUGCAACACAUUAUUGAACCAUCAGAAACAGCUGGAGAUAUUUGAUGGAAAUGUUGCUCAUAUAAGUACUUGGCUUUACCAAGCUGAAGCUCUGCUGGAUGAGAUUGAAAAGAAGCCUGUAAAUAAGAGUGAAGAAAUUGUGAAACGAUUAACAUCUGAACUGGAUGAUGUUAAUCUACAAGUUGAAAACGUUCGUGACCAAGCCAUUAUACUGAUGGGUGCCCGGGGCUUGGCAAGCAGUGAGCUGGUGGAGCCAAAGUUAGCUGAAUUAAAUAGAAACUUUGACAAAGUGUCUCAACACAUCAAAAGUGCUAAAAUGUUAAUCGAUCAAGAACUUUUCUCAAAGAAAAUUUUUGUCAAAUCACAACCUCUUGAGGCUGGUGUGCAUUCAGUGGACCUAGAAAAACUAGAACAUGAUUUACAAAAUAUGUUGAAGAUGGUAGAAAAGCACAGUGAUGAAGAUGAAAAGUUGGAUGAGGAGAAGGCCCAGAUUGAGGAAGUUUUGCAGAGAGGAGAACAGAUAUUACAGCACCCCAUGGAGGAUAACAAGAGAGAAGAGAUACGUUUACAGUUACUACUGCUGAGGACAAGACAUAAUAAUGUCAAGGCACCUUCCAUUCAGCAGAGUGUAACAGUUGAUCAUCAGUAUCCAUCUGGAAUUACAUCAACACUUCUCCCUGCUGAUUACCUUGUUGAAAUUAACAAAGUUUUACUCUCCCUGGCAGAUGUAGAACUAUUAUUCAAUUCUUCAAACCUCAACAGUGGGAUCUAUGAACACUUUUCUGUGCAGGAAGAUUCACUGAAGAACAUCAUUGAUCUCCUGGACAAAGUCGGUGAACAGAUUGCAACUCUUCAUGAGAAGCAGCCCGAUAUUAUACUUGAUGUCUCUAGUCCUGAAGCUAUUCAGAUUGAGGAUGGACUGACCCAGUUGAAAGAAAAGUGGGACAGUCUGAAUGAAAGGUACAAUGAUCAUAAAAGUCGUUUUGAUAGAGCUGUGGAAGAAUGGAGACACUUCCAUCGUGACCUGAAUGACUUCAACCAGUGGCUUACAGAAGCCGAACAAUUAUUGCCUGAUGCCCGUACUGCAGAUGGCGGCCUGGAUCUAGAGAAGGCUAAGAUACAUCAGCAGGAACUUGAGGAGGGAGUCAGCAGCCGCCUGCCUAGUUUUUCACCACUAGUUCGAACUGGAAAAGACAUCAUUCACAAACUCACCAGUACAGUUGAUGCAUGUCUCUUGGAUGAAAAGCUGACAAAGCUCUGUGAACGUUGGAAUGCAGUUGCCACAGAAGUGCUGGAGAGAAAGCUUAGCCUAGAAACAAAAAAUGAACUGCUACUGAAAUUCAGAAAAAGGUUGACUGAAAUUAAUUGCUGGGUAUCAAAGGCUGAAAGUGCCUUGGAAAAGACACCUUCAUCUGAGAUGGAAGAUAGUGUCCAAGAACUACAGGACUUAACCCAGCAGAUAGAAGUACAAAAGGAAAAUCUUAAGUGGUUGAACAAAAGACUACCUGAGCUGCUUACAAUUAACGACUUGAGUAUGAAAGAAAGACAUUAUAUUUCUGGAAAUAUGAAAACUCUUAAUAUAAAGUGGAAUAAGCUGUACAGAGAUGUCCCUAGCACCUUGAGAAAGAGAGAAUUGGAUGUUUCAGAGCCCCAUCCUUCAAUGCUCUCUGAAAUUACUGUUCAGACACAGCCAUCUUUAGAACCUUCAUUACCUCCUGAUCUGGAUAAAACUACCACCGAACUAGCUGACUGGCUAGUAUUGAUUGAACAAAUGCUGAAGUCCAAUAUUGUCACUGUUGGGAAUGCAGAAGAGAUCAAACAGACAAUUGAACGUAUGAAAAUUACAAAGGCUGACCUAGAACAACGUCACUCCCAACUGGAUUAUGUUUUUACUUUGGCUCAGAAUUUGAAGAAUAAAACUACCAGUACAGAUAUAAAAACAGCAAUCACAGAAAGAUUAAAUAAAAUAAAAAUCCAAUGGGCCAAUACUGAAUUUGGUGUGGACACACGACAAGGGCAACUCCAAAACAUGCUUGCUGACAGCGAACACUGGAAGGAUGUAACCAGACAAGCUGAAGAGCUUAUUCGACAGCAUGAAGCCAAAGUCCAUAGUGUCCCAGAGGUCUCAAAGGAACCACUGAUCAAACAGCUUUCUGAGAACAAAAUGCUAAUUGAGGAAUUGAAUAAAAGUGAAGCUACAAUGAAAAUCUAUGAUGAUCUGUGGAAGAACUUGCUUCAGACCUAUAGUAGUGAUGACACAAGGAAAGUGAAAGAAAGUGGUGAUGACUUGAAUGCAUCUUGGGUUAACCUCAAUCAAAGCAUUCGUGACCGACAGAUUGCCUUGGAGGCUGAACUGAGGACGGUGCAGGCUUCCUUCCAGGAUCUGGAGAACUUCCUAAAGUGGAUGCCAGAGGCAGAAACCACAGCUAAUGUGCUUGAAAAUGCAGCACAGCAGGAGAAUGCUCUCCAGGACACUGGUUUGGCCAAGCAACUCAAAAAGCAGAUUCAGGACAUACAGGCUGAAAUUGAUGCCCACAAUGACAUCUUUAAAAAUAUUGAUGGAAAUAGGCAGAAUAUGGUAAAAGCUUUGGGAAAUUCAGAUGAGGCUGCCGUGCUCCAACAUCGACUAGAUGAUAUGAACCAGAGAUGGAAUGAUUUGAAAGCAAAGUCUGCUAGCAUCAGAGCUCAUUUGGAGGCCAGUGCUGAAAAGUGGAAUAGUUUCCUGACUUCUUUAGAAGAGCUGAUCCAGUGGCUAAACAUGAAAGAUGAUGAGCUUAAAAAACAAAUGCACAUUGGAGGAGAUGAAACUGCCUUAAAGCUCCAGCAAAACCAUUGUAAAGCAUUGAGACGUGAAUUGAAAGAGAAAGAAGAGUCUAUAUUGAAUGCUGUAGACCAAGCUCGAGUCUUCCUUGCUGACUUGCCAAUUGAGGCCCCUGAAGAACCAAAACAUGACCUGCAGUCUAAAAUAGAAUCAACUCCUGAAGAAAAAGCCCAGAAGAUUGCUAAAGCCAUGCGCAAACAGUCUUUAGAAGUGAAAGAGAAGUGGGAGAACCUCAAUGCAGCCACUAAAGAUUGGCAAAAACAAGUCAACAAAGCACUUGAGAAACUAAGUGAUCUGCAAGGAGCCAUGGAUGACUUAGAUGCUGACCUAAAAGAAGCUGAGGGUGUACGGAAUCGCUGGAAGCCUAUACGAGAAUUACUUAUUGACUUUUUGCUGGAUGACAUAGAAAACGUCACAACAUUUAAAGAAGAGAUUGCACCAAUUAGCCUAAAAGUUAAAACAGUGAAUGAUUUAUCCAGUCAGCUGUCUUCUCUUGACUUGCAUCCAUCUGUAAAGAUGUCUCAGGAGCUAGAUGAUCUUAAUAAGCGAUGGAAACAUUUACGGGUUUCAAUAGAAAACCGCCUUAAAAAGCUUCAGGAAGCCCAAAGAAGUCUUGUACGAUAUUCUCAGCGAUUUCUUGCUAUUUCUGUCCGGCUUCCAUGGCAGAGGUCUGUAGCACAAACCACAGCACCGUACUACGUUAAUCACCAAACAGAGUCAACAUGUUGGAAUCAUCCUAAAAUGACAGAACUCUUAGAGUCCCUUGGUGAUUUCAACAACAUCCGCUUCUCUGCCUACCGUACGGGCUUUAAAAUCCGAAGAUUACAGAAAGCCUUAUGCUUGGAUCUGUUAGAAUUGGAGACAACAAAUGACAUUUUACACCACCAUAAACUAAGACAGAAUGAUAAAUUCCUCUACGUCCCUGAUGUCAUCAAGUAUCUGACGAAGACUUAUGAUGUGCUGGAACAGUCACAUAAGGACCUGGUCAAUGUUCCACUCUGUGUAGAUAUGUGCCUAAAUUGGUUGCUCAACGUCUAUGAUGCGGGCCGGACUGGAAAAAUCAGAGUACAAUCCCUGAAGAUUGGAUUAAUGACUCUCUCCAAAGGUGCCAUUGAGGACAAAUACAGCUAUCUCUUUAAGGUGGUAGCAGGGCCUACAGAGAUGUGUGACCAAAGGCAGCUUGGCCUUUUGCUUCAUGAUAUCAUCCAGAUCCCUCGGCAACUUGGGGAAGUGGCAGCUUUCGGUGGUAGCAAUAUUGAACCUAGCGUUCGAAGCUGCUUCCAGCAGAGUCACAAUAAGCCAGAGAUAAGUGUAAACGAUUUUAUAGAAUGGAUGCGUUUGGAGCCACAGUCCAUGGUAUGGCUGCCACUUUUACAUCGUGUAGCAUCCUCAGAGACUGCAAAACAUCAGGCAAAGUGCAACAUCUGUAAAGAAUAUCCCAUCGUUGGGUUCAGGUAUAGAAGUCUAAGACAUUUCAACUACGAUAUUUGCCAGAGUUGCUUCUUUGUGGGUCGAACAACAAAGGGUCACAAAUUACCCUUCCCGAUGGUGGAGUACUGUAUACCUGCAACAUCAGGAGAAGAUGUACGAGACUUCACAAAGGUGUUAAGGAAUAAGUUCAGGUCGAAGAAGCAUUUUGCUAAACCCCAGCUUGGCUAUUUGCCUGUGCAGACAGUUCUUGAAGGUGCCAACUUAGAAACUCCUAUCACACUCAUCAGUAUGUGGCCAGUGCAAUAUGAACCCUCUGAGGCCGCACAACAAGGUCAGGAUGAUACACAUUCCCAAAUAGAGCAGUGUGCCUCCAGUCCUAUUACACUCAUCAGUAUGUGGCCAGAGCAAUAUGAAUUCUCUGAGGUCUCACAAAUUCAGGAUGAUACACAUUCCCAAAUAGAGCAGUGUGCCUCCAGACUGGCACAGUUGGAAAGGACUGUUGGUUCCAUCCUCACAGAAGGCACUUCUACCAUAGGAAUUGCAGGGGAUGAACAUUCGCUCAUCCUCCGGUAUUGUCAGGCACUGGGAGGAGAGCCCCCUGUGAGUCAACUUCAGAGUCCAACACAGAUCUUGAAAUCAGUGGAAAGAAAGGAAAGGGCAGAGCUGGAGCAGACCAUUGCCAACUUGGAGGAAGAACAAAGGAUCCUACAAUCAGAAUAUGACCGGUUGAAGGAACAACACCUUCGAUCGACGCUGAGCCCCCCCAGUUCACCUCCAGAUUCCAACAUACCUCCUCAUCACACUGCUGAAGACUCAGAGCUCAUAGCAGAAGCAAAGCUGCUUAGGGAGCACAAAGGUCGCCUGGAGGCCAGAAUGCAGAUUUUGGAAGAUCAUAAUAAACAGUUGGAGUCUCAGCUUCAGCGACUCCGACAGCUGCUUGAACAGCCUGAAUCAGAUGCAAAGAUCAAUGGAGUUACCCCUUCAUCGUCUUCACAGCAUUCAACAUUGGACCAAGAUAACAGCUCUCAAUUGCAAUCAGCAGGUGCUGAUGAUUUGUUGGUCCCACCUCAAAAUACCAGCACAGAUCUGACAGAUGUCAUGGAACAAAUCCACAGUACCUUUCCAUCAUGCUCCUGUGCCGAUGAUUUGUUGGUCCCACCUCAAAAUACCAGCACAGAUCUGACAGAUGUCAUGGAACAAAUCCACAGUACCUUUCCAUCAUGCUCCUCAAACCUCUCUGGCAGCACCCAGGGAAUCUAAAGCAUUCGUCUGGCUGGCCAACACUUCAUAAUACAUAGUAAAUUCUCAACAUACAGUAAAUUUUUAGUAAGUUCCAAUUCCAAAUCCCCUUGAAUAAGACUCUGCAUGACACCUUUGAUACCUUGAAGACCACAUUAUUUCGCUCUAUGUCUUCUACUAAAGGAGUAAAAUACGGAAGAUCCAAAGAUGGGAAUGUCAUGUUUUUAAUAAAAAAAAAGCUUUUGUUUUCUCCUUCCAUUUCUAUGCAACUGUAAAUUAAUGGAGGUAUUUGGAAAUGGUUAUACAUUUGUUCUUGAUUUGUAUAAAUAUACAGCAUUGGGAAAGUGGGUGGGGGCUUUAUAUAUUGUACCUUCUUUUUUGAUAACCAGGAAGAGAACUGCAUAAAGUAAUUAGAAGCAAAAUGUUACAUUUAUACAUUCCUUUCUGCUCCUCACAUUUACUUUUGACAGUGACUUCAUUUAUCUACUGACAUUUUGGCCAUGCUGUUGAGGUUAUUGACACACAUCAACCUUUUGACCAAGUAGGUGUCUGAAGAGCCUGGAACUGUUUUCCAUGACUGGCCACAUUAACAGGGUCAGUUAAUUUACUCAGAUGUUAUUUAUUAAGAAUUAGGAUCUCACCACAGCUAUGUGCAAACUGUUUAGCUUCACUAACAAUGGCACACUCACCUCCAAAACUUUCACUACAUGGAACAACAUUUCUUUUGGAAUAUCUUUUUUUUUUCCUUCAUUUGAUUUCCCAGCCAUAUGAGAAAGUGUUUGUUCUUGGAGAUUAAUGUCAAAUUCUACUCUAGAGAAAAAUAAGAUUUAAUGGUAUAAGUGCAAUCUUAAUGGAAGUUUUCCUAAGGAACAUUUUUUUUUACCCAGAAACAAAGUUUUGAACAUCCUUUCCAACUUUCCAAGGUCUAGAUUUUCAGCCAUGAAGUACAAACCAGUCCCACACCUAAUUGUAAUAUUAAAGCAAAAGAAUGUCCUCUAUUCCCUCUGAUGGUGUUUUUUUACCAAAAAAAAAGAAAAGAAAGAAAAAGAAAAGGAAAGAAAAGAAAAAAUAAGCCCUUUCCAGUACUUGAUUUUUUUUUCUGAAUGCAAUGUUCAACCAUAGAGUUUGAGUCUGUGCAUACAUAGAUCACAUGACUUCUUUAGAAGUACUUUUUAAAGGCUAAUUAAUGGAAGACCUUUUGAUUUCCCUUCAUUGAUUAUCACAUUUGGGGAAGAGCAUUUUUUAGAAGAUCACAUGAAAAUUAAAUUAACACUUGGAGGUUGGGUUCUGCCCCACUGAGUACAUUUAGGCUUUGGGUUCAGUAUCAAGUUAAUAUCUGAUUCAAUAAACAUAUUAUGUGAUUACCAAACACAAAGAAAGCAAAAGCCUGUCCAAGAGUAUGCUCAUAGAUGCACAAGAAAGCCCCCAAAUGGACUGAGACUCUUAUCCCCCAAAACUAGAGUACUUGGAUUGUAGAAUGUGUGCUUAUGAAUCAUCAGGACAUGUUAACCUUUGCUUCUCUUCACUUGGGAUGUGACCAAGAGGAGAUUCAAAGUUAGCAAAAUUUGUUCUUUUCAAAGGGGUUGGGUGGGGGGGGUUGGGUUGGGGUCUAUUUGCAGCAUAGAUAUUUUGAAAAGAAAAAUUGUUUUAUAUAAGAGGAAAGCCAUGACCGCCUUUCUACCUCAAACCCAUCUUCAUUCAUAGUAUUGGAAAUAGCUUUAUGCUACUGUAUUCUGCAAAGUCUAUAGCUUUUACCAGACCAUACUAUAGCCAAGGAAAAGAAAAGCACCCCUUUUUAAUUAAGGAAAAAGAAAUAUCCCUGAACACUGAAGUUCACAGUUGUAGAUUUGGUGUCUUUCUUGUUAUUACUUUGAGAGGUUAUGUAUUAAAUUGUUUUUUCUGCCUGUAUUUGUAUGCAAAGUAUGUCCUCUACUCUGCUACUGAGUAAAAGCUAUUUAAAACACUACAUUGUAACAUUCUUCCUCCGAGUAAUAAUAAAUAAAAAAGGAAUAUAUUGCAGCAA